AUGUGCCUGCACUGUUUAGGGAACGAAAGUACCCAAGUCAACCCCGAAGGACCAAGACGGCAUCAUCCUUCAGAAGUCACUGAAAGGCAGGCCAUGGAUAAACGUAUUCAGAACAUGCGAAACCUAAAGAAACAGAAGAGGAAACUUAAUAAACAGUUUGCAAGGCCUUCUCCUCUUCCAGAACCAGGACUACUACCAGACAUAAAUCCAGUGGCCAUUCCAUUUGAAAGUUCUUCAGCUAGUCGAGGAUACCUAUCACCUUCCUUAACAUCCAGGCUUUUCUUCAGGGCUUUUACCUCAGUAAACACUGUGUCCACGUUCCAGGAGGAGAAGGUAUAG